GUGACGUACCGCACAUGCGAGGUCUUUCAGUGAACACACAAUUUCCUCUGUGUGUAGUUUUUCUUUAAUCCAGCUCGAAUUUGAUAUUUACAAACAUGUCUUCUUUUCGAAAAGUGUUGAAGUCUAAACAACGAGACCACAAAGAGCGAUCACAGCUCGGUUUCAGAAAACAUUUAGGACUGUUGGAGAAGAAGAAGGACUACAAACUUCGUGCAGAUGACUACCACCGGAAACAGAGAACUCUCAUGGCCUUACGCAAGAAGGCCAUGGACAAAAACCCAGAUGAAUUCCACUUUAAAAUGAUUAACAACCAGUUAAAGGAUGGGGUUCAUGUAAUAAAAUCAAAGCAGGAAGAAAUGACAGAGGAGCAGAAGAAGGUGAUGAGGACACAGGACAUCAGAUAUGUUGAGAUGAAGAGGGUGUCUGAGAUGAAGAAAAUUGAAAGGUUGAAGGGGGAGCUCCACCUUCUUGAUAACGAUGAUGAAGAAAAUAAAAAUAAACAUGUAUUUUUUGUGGACACAAAAAAAGAAGUGGAGGACUUUGACCUUGCCACACACCUCAACACCGUGCCAGAAUUGGUAGACCGAACAUACAACAGACCUACAAUAAAAACCCUAGAAACCAAGAGCAUUAUGGGGGCAGUGGAUCCAGAGAGGAUAAAAAAACUUGCUAAACAGAGGAAAAAUCAGUACGAGGUGCUUUCACAACGUAUUGACAGAGAGAAGAAGAUGUUUGUCAUUACUCAAAAGAUCCAGACUAGGAAAGAUCUACAAGAUAAGGUUAAGAAAUCCAAGGUUUGUCAAGAGACCAGCACAGCGGCUGCCGUCUAUAAAUUUGAGGCCAAGAGGAAAAGAUGAUGCCUUCAGAUCUACACUUUUGCUGCUGGUGUCUAUCCCAGUUCUGAUCAACUGUAAGCUGUAAUUGCUGUGAAAUGGACUGAAUCUGCGCGUCUCUUUAUAACAUCUAUACAACAAACGGAGAUACCAAAUUUGAUGAGUAUUUUACAGAUUCAGAAAGCAGUAUGUAAAUAUUUAUUUUUAAGGAAAAGAUUUAAGGUUGUUAAUGCUUUGAAAUAAAAAAUAUUGUUGUAGUUCCUGGACGGUUUCAGUAGAUGGCACUAGAACAUCUUAUCAAACUAAUAUUCAAAAUGAGCAACUUCACAGGGUCAGUUGCAUCUGUUGGAUUGGAUGAACUGUUGGAGCAUUUCAGUAUUCUGUGGUUUCUGUGUUGAGAAACAGAGAAACGUUUAUUUUCUAGUCAAUGAAAUUACAUUUUGGCUUCGCUCUAGAUAUAUAACUGUUAAGAUUUUUUUCCUGAGCGCUUUAGUUUGAAACUUAUCCCUAGUAGUCACAAACAACUGGAAACACCAUGGAAAUGUACAUUAUGGGUGAAAAGGUGAAGCCCACGUUUUUUUAUGAAAAUGAAUUGGCUCUCAGAAUGUGUUACUAUGCCAAAUAUCUAGAUAUCGGCUAAGUCGGUUUUGUCACUUACAAGAUUUCAUUAAAACAUGUCCAACAAUUAUUA